AAUUUAUAUUUAAUAUUCAUCCCGCGCAAGUCUUAACCUAGUCAUAUGUUGAAACAUUAUCACAGUUGGUGAUAUUACCGUCCACAAUUAACGGACCUAAUUAGCCCCACAGUUAAACUUCCAUUAAUAACCUGACAUUAAUUACGUGAUCAAUCACACACUAGACGAUAAGCUUUUCGACUAAUCUAAUUAACUUCUUUUUCAUUCAAACUAACAUUAAGUGCAUUAAGAUAUUUUAUUAGCUAGUUUAGACGCACCUACACCUACAGUCAAACUAAUUAUUCUUUGCCUUCUACAAAGUUCCGGGAAUGCGUUAAGAAAUCUUGCCUUUUCCGUUACAUUUAUCAAACUUUCAAAAUUGUAACUUUCAGUCGAUUACUUAAUGUUGACGUUAAGUACUCUAAAAAUUAGAAUAUAGAGUCCUAAAUUUAUAUUAUUUUAAGAAAUUUCUAUAAGUAAUUUGCUAUUUAGUAGUAAUUGUUUAGGAAAUAAACAGCGUCUGUUUUUCGCUUAUUUUUUGGUUUAACUAGUGGUGAAUAUUUGAAAUCCCAAAAAUAGUCACGGAACUCUUGCUUUCCUAGGCUUACAAAAAGGAGAAAACAAAGAAUCAAAAUAGAGAACAAAGAAGUUCGAAAACAAAAACAAAAGAAGUGUUGACAAAAAAAAAACAAAAAAAAAACUAUAAGAAGAACAAGAAUGUCGUUUUCUGGAUAUAGCUUCGUCAUAGUAUCAUUACUCUCCAUCGUCUUAACUCAAAUCUACGGUUCCUGUAAUGUAGACCCAAAUGCUAAUCCCCAACCGGCAGCAACGUCAGGGGUUAGGGCUCAUCCCCAACCGGCAGCAACGUCAGGGGUUAGGGCUCAUCCCCAACUGGCAGCAACGUCAGAUCUUAACACCCUAGGUCGAACCAACUUAGACCCAAGGGUUGAUCUUCUACCGGCAGAAACUUUAUUGGUUCACAAUCGGGUUCGAGCCGAAGUCGGGGUGGGUCCAAUGGUGUGGGACUUCAAACUAGCUGCCUUCGCACAGAACUACGCUAACGUACGAUCCAAAGACUGCGCCCUACAACAUUCGACAGACGAAAUGUACGGCGAGAAUAUAGCCGCAGGGUGGCUCAAGUCUAAAGAAUCAAUGAGCGGUCCGAUCGCGGCUAAGUUGUGGUAUGGCGAGAAGAAAUUCUACAAUUAUCAAACCAACAAAUGUAGUGGUAUGUGUGGGCAUUAUACUCAGAUGGUGGCUAACCAAUCGCACCGAGUUGGAUGUGGUCACGUCAGGUGUCAUGCAGAUACAUAUCUUUGGGUCGUAUGUAACUAUGCUCCUAGGCCGAUGGGUGAUGAGAACACACGUCCGUAUUAAUGAACUUUUGUUUUUAACAAGACGAAUAGUUGUCUGAUGUAAUAAAAUUUAACAUAAUAAGUUACGUACUAUAGAUAACCAGACAUUAUAGUAUGGAGAUGUCUGAUCAUGUAAUAAAAAUUAACAUAAUAAGUUCGUGUUUCAUAUAAUAUACCAGAAUCCAGAAAUUAUAUUU